AUGUGGCCCAUUUGGGGUGAUUGGUCGUCCGUACACCAGGUAGCCCGUAUUUUCAGCCCGAAAAAUUCGGCGCCGAGCGAGGUCAGGUGGGCCGAGAAUUGCUGUGGUCCAAAUGGCCAUUGGCCCGUUGACGCAGUCCAGCAGGACUCGCUCCUUCGCGGUCUGGUCUUCGAAAAUUUUGACUGCCACCAACCACCGAGCGCCGCCGUUGUCCUUUCAGAGCAAGUGAGCAACGGAGCAGCCAUCACGUUGACCGGCGAUCCCAGAUUCCCCAACGGCCUCCCAGACCCUGCUCCCCUCUCUCCCGCCGACAUGGCCUCGCCGGCGCUCACCGACGACCUCCUGUCGGACAUCUUCCUCCAUCUCCCGGAGCCGGCCGACCUCGUCCGCACCUCGGCCGCCUGCGUCCCCUUCCGCCGCCUGGUCACGGACCGCGCGUUCCUCCGCCGGUUCCGCGCGCUCCACCCCGCGCCGCUCCUCGGCUUCCUCGACCACAACGGCUUCCACCCGGCGCUCCCGCCCCACGCCUCCGCGCCCGCGGCUCGCGCCGUCUCCCUCGCCGCUGAUUUCUCCUUCUCGUUCCUCCCCUCCUCCUCCACGGGCCGCGGCUGGGUCGUCCGUGACCUCCGCGACGGCCGCGUCCUCCUCGACCGCGCCCCCGAGGACGGCGGCGGAGACGAGCGCUCGGUCUUCACGGAGAUAGCGGUGUGCGACCCCUUGCACCGGCGGUGCGUCCUGCUCCCCGCGAUCCCCGACGACCUGGCCGCCGCGGUCGACCAGCCGCUCCGCGUGGAGUUCGACCGCUGGUGCGAGCCCUUCCUGGAUCCCAGCGGCCGCGGCGACCCCGAGGAUGAGACGUCGUUCGGGGUGAUCUUGAUGGUGCAGUGCAACGCCAAGCUGGUCGCCUUCGCCUUCUCCUCCAGCUCCGGGCAGUGGCGAGCCCCCGCGUCGCUGUCCUGGAGCGAUCUGAUGUCCGGCGUGGGCGUGUCCUCAAGGAGCCCUGCGUUCUCCGGGCGUCAAUACGCCCGCGGCUGCUUCUAUUGGGUGAUGGAUUGGAGGGACAAGUUGCUCGUGCUUGACACCAGGAGGAUGGAGUUCUCCAUUGCUGACCUCCCACCGGGCUGCCAUAGGCGACAGAUCGCCAUUGUGGAGGCAGGGGAAGGCAGGGUCGGUAUGUUUGCGCUCCGUGACCACGCUGCAGACGGCGCAGUUAGUCUUUUUUAUACUGUAAAGCAAGACGAUGCCGAUGGUUCCAGCCAUUGGCAGAUGGAGAAGACAAUUCCAUUGGAUCCUGAGUUCCGGCAUUACAUCAGGGGUGCAAUGGAGAGGUACAUACUCCUGCUAAGGUUUCCUGAACAUCUGAGCUCAGCAGGAGUGCAUGUAAGCUCAUCAGCAGAGACGGAAGACUUAGAAUGUUUUUCGAUGGACGUCAGGACCUUCCAGCUUGAGAGGGUGUGUCAAUUGAAGCAUCACAUUCUACGUGCCUACAUAUAUACCAACUUUCCUCCAUUGCUGUCUCCACAGAGUAUCUAAAGUGGUAAACUCCUUCCUCGAACAGUUAUUUCACAACUUUCCUGAUGCUUGAUAUUUACUUUCUGCGAGUCAUUGUCUUUUUAUGUAAUAGCACUGCGUAAGAACUAUUGGCAUUCUCCUCUUCCUAAAUGACAAUGCAGUGCUCCUGCAAUUUCUUCAAAAAAAAAACUAUCUUUGAUUUGUCAUUGAUAAUCUUGUCUAUUCAGUUCUGUUCUGAUGUGUUUUUUGUGUGAUUUGUAGUUUAUGUCAUCAGCUAGCACAAACAUUUAAUUUAUUUCCCAAUUGUUCCACUAGCAUAUCUUUCCAUUUAAAGAUAACUGGUCAAGACUUUGGUUUCAGUUUGUACAACUGAAACCAGAGAAAUUCAUGAUUUCUAAAAUAGAGUAGCUCUGAAUACGGUUCGAUUUGAAAUCAAAAUAUCACUUAAAAGGUGGUGGAGGCAGAGCCCUCUGAAUUUUUCUUGCGACAGUCAGAGUUCGAGCUUGUCACCUUCCACAAUGUCAGUCUUUCCAAGGCUUCAGGGAUGACUUUGAGCGUGCCACUCAUUCUUUAUGAUGGCAGAGCACCCAGAGAAUAUGUUGCAGUUAUCCUUUUACAAUCACUAAUGGGAUGACAAGUUCAUAUAUUGAUUGUCCCAACAAAGAACCACUUGGGGGUUCUGUUCCAACAGUAACCUAAGUUAUACACUGCUUAACGAAGGUGCCAGUUUGUAGGGUCUAAAAUUUUUGAAGGUUUUUUCUUUUUGUUUACUUUCUCGGAUGGGCUAUAACUUGUACUAUGAAUUACAAUGAUAUGAACAUGGUACUAAAAGAGAUUGUUUACUGUUACAUUUCUCAAUUCAGUUCAUUUCUCGA